AUGAUCACACACAUAUAUUUCCAAACAUCNCUCUGGCUCCCGGCCGGCCUCCUCCUCGCCGUCUUCCGCCUCCUCAUCGGCAUCCUCCUCCCCUACCGCCUCUCCGUCCCCCUCGGCGUGGCCAGCGGGAUCCUCCUCAACUUCUCGGGCCGGGCCCCUCCACCCUCCCCGGGCCGGGCCGGAACCCUCUUCGUCUGCUCCCACCGCACCCUCCUCGACCCCGUCUUCCUCAGCACCUCCCUCGGCCGGCCCCUCACAGCCGUCACCUACAGCCUCAGCAAGAUGUCCGAAAUCCUCGCGCCCAUAAGGACCGUCAGGCUGUCACGCAACCGCCACCUGGACGCCCGCACGAUGCGCGGCCUGCUGGCCGAGGGGGACCUUGUUGUCUGCCCGGAGGGGACCACAUGCCGGGAGCCCUACUUGUUGAGGUUUAGCUCGUUGUUUGCUGAGCUGGCGGAGGAGAUAGUGCCGGUGGCUGUGAACACGAGCGUGACUAUGUUCUACGGGACGACGGCUGGUGGGCUCAAGUGCCUGGACCCGAUAUUCUUCCUGAUGAAUCCGAGGCCGUACUACAGCGUGGAGAUUCUGGAGAAGGUGCCGAGGGAGAUGACGUGUGCGGGCGGGAAGUCGAGGCAUGAGGUGGCCAAUUAUAUACAGAGGGAGCUGGGGAGGGCUUUAGGGUUUGAGUGCACCAACCUUACGAGGAGAGAUAAGUACUUGAUGUUGGCUGGGAAUGAGGGUAUUGUAGAGGACGACAAGAGGGAAAAUGAAAAUUGA